CUUAACGUUUCCACAUCAACGACAUGGAGGAUCGGUUCUCGUCUCCGUUCAUUUGGUUUAUGUUUCACGUUUGUUAUGGAGAAGAUAACGACAUACCGGUUAUGGGUCAAGUCAUCUCGCAAGGUUUUUACAGUUCGGCUUUGGCAGGACCAAAGAAAGAGGGAGGGGAAAG